AUGGCACCUAGUGAGAAGACUCUCUUCAUAUAUGACACUGAUAGCCUUAUGACAAGGUUAGCGAUUUCGGUGAUAUGUCCUGGUAUAUCUAAACCUCCUGUAGAAUGGAUUAAAAAUAUAGUGGAUGAUUUAAGUUAUGAAGUAAAAAAUGUUCCUGUUUCUAUGUUAAUCGAAGAAGAAUUUUUGGGUGCAUUUUCAAGAAAUGGUAAAUUACAAGUUUUAUCAACUGGAAGAUUUAUAGAUACAGAUAAUUGUAUAUCAUUUUUACCUACAGGUAAACUGAUAUUACAUGUAAAUAAAGAUACAUAUAUUAGUUUAGGAUUGGAGGGAUCAAAAUCUCAAUACUAUAAAAAUAAACAGACCAAAUAUGUGGUAGAGGUGGAUACAAACACUUCUAGUUUUAUUCCUGGCAAAAAUUACUAUGAGAGAGUAAGAACUUGUUUCAGAAACCAACCAGACUUGGUGUUCAAUCUUCUUGUCAAUUGGGAACCACCAGAUGAAAAUAUAUGUUCGACAUCUUUGAAAGUAUAUUUUGAGAAGAAAGGAUUAGAAGUGGUAUGUUCAAAUCUAGAAAUAGUAUAUCGUCAAACAAAAAAUCAAACCAUACCCUGCAUAGAAUCUAGCCAGCUUGAUACUAGCAAUAAUAACUAUGAAGAAAUAUUUGAAUGGUUGGGAUGUGUUGCUUGUGAUAUUGAUCUCCAGGAGAUAAACAGUGAAAGUUAUUUAUCAACAUUGUCGUGUCCAGAACCUAAUAAUAUAAUAAAUACUAGUUGUUAUUAUCAACUUAAGGGUUUCAUUACCUCAUCACAGAUACAAUACUUACUACACAUUAUCAGAAAAAGUCUUGAAGAUCAUCCUGAAUGUCCCUGGAUAAAUGUGACUGUGCAUGGUUUCUCAGAUUCACCAGUCUCAAGUAGUAAUAAAGAACAUGGCUAUCAUGAAGGAGGAGAUUAUAUAUAUUCUUUUAUCAUAUUUCCUAAUCAAACUUAUUGGUUGUAUAAAGCUACAGACUUAUAUGAUACCUAA